AGAAGAAAUGUGACUUCCAGUCUCUUCUCAGCUGGAAUUCAAACUUGGAUCUGAACGUGAGAAGCUGGAGGAAUACUGAAGAGGUGGCCUUGGGGAAGCUAGAGGAGAGCAGCCAAGAGACAGACAGUGAGCUGGAGUUCAGUGAGCCUCUCUGGGAGGAUGAUAGUGAAGACUACCCAAAGGCAGAGAGGACACGUGAAGAUGACAGUUUUCUCCAGCUCUUGUCAGAGGUAACUCAGAUGAUGGAACCUCUCCGCAUUAGCAGCACGAAGUCAUCGCAGACUCGGGGGGAUUAUUGUGGCUCUGGGAAGCAGGGUGAUGGGGAAGAUGGGAGGUGCCAGGAAAAUGCCACAAGAAAAGCCAUCUCAGAAGCAGAGGAAAGUCAACUACACAUCCUGGCAGAAGAUGAGAACUAUCACCUCCUGGGAAGAGAGGAGAAGAUUCAAGAGACACCUGCAGAACAAGCUUUAGGUGAGCAGCAUCCACGGGAGAAGAGCAGUCAGGCCCAGGAUCAGGAUGAUCGUGGCAGCACCUCUGCAGCCCCUGCGCUGGACUCGGCGACCCCUGCCAACACACAGCUGAUGCAGCUGAGCUGGGAUAAUCCCCUGCAGCGUCUUUUCUUCAAAAGAACUCUCCUGCCCAUCUGGAAGAUGAUAGCCAGUCACAGGUACAGCGGCCCGUUCCUGAAGGCGGUGUCAGAGAAACAAGCCCCUGGGUACAGGGAUGUGGUGAAGAGACCCAUGGAUUUAACCAGCAUAAAAAGAAGACUGUCAAAGGGACAGAUCCAGUCCAUGGUCCAGUUCCAGCGUGACCUCAUGCUCAUGUUCCAGAACGCCGUGAUGUACAACAGCUCCAACCACUACGUGCACCACAUAGCCAUGGAGAUGGAGAGAGAGGUCUUGGAGCAGCUGCAGAUGUUGUAUGAAGCCCUCCUGUGCUCAAGGGACAACCUGGGGUGGGGAGGGAAGGUAACAAGCCAUGUCUGA